AUGGAGUAUUACUCAUCUUUAGAUGCAUCACAGCUUGAUUCAGAGAGACCAACCUUGUUUGAGUUGAUUUCUGCGAACCAAUUAGAGUCCUUGUUAUCACCGUCGUUGAGAUAUAUAUUAGUCUACUAUGCUAGCAAAUAUCCGAGGUAUUUACUAAAGCUCAACAACAACUUUGAUGAGCUCAAUUUAUUUUUUAGAAGUUUUAUUGAAUGGUACUUUUUAACAUAUUGGCAAGGUUCAUUUACGGAAAAUUUUUAUGGACUCAAACGAGUCAACCAAACCCCACUCUCACAAGGGGAAUACAAUGCCAGUAGGUUGACGCAGAUUGUACCCUCAAUGAUUGAAGAGAGACGGCAGUUGACAGGUUUGCAGAAAUUUGUUUCGAUUUUCGAAGUUACUGGUGUCGCAUUCUUUCUGGAGAAAUUGAAUUAUUGUUACGAGGUGUGGCAUACAAAGUAUAUCACCAAUCAAUUAAACACACACGAGUCGUUACUGAGGAGAGAAAAUGUCAAGAUACAGAUUAAGCGGAAAUUUGUCGAAAUAUAUCCCUAUCUUCAGAGCGGUUACCGUUUAGCAAAUUUUGUUACGACAUUGAUGUAUUUGAGUGGAUCGACCAAGUCACCAACAGUUCUUACAUAUUUGUUCAAGAUGAAUUAUUCUCGAUUAAAUCAAUAUGACUAUGACAAGAAUGAGCCAAAGGAGAAGAAUUUGAAAGAAGCAUCAAAUAAGCCUAAUAGAGUAGCACCACCAACCACUCUUGAGUUUAUACUAAGUCUUUUGGAUAAAAGAAUCAGACACCCCACAUGGAAAUUGAUCAAAUUCGUGCUCGGUACUUUUUUUCCGGUGGCGAUCUUCUCAUUGAAGUUUCUUGAAUGGUGGAAUAAUUCAGGGUUUUCAGAGAAAUUACUAAAAAACCAGGGUAAUGCCUUGACAUUUACCUUGCCACCACCUUCUUCUCUUACUGCAGCUCUCCGAAAAGAUAAAGCUGAGAGAGAAAAAACAAAGUUGGGAAAUUCACUCAAGGCAGGAAAAGUCAUAAAAUCAACGGAAACAGCUGUGCCUACACAAAGACGAUCAUACAAAUCAGGAAAGUUUUGUCCGUUGUGCAAAAAAGAAAUUACCAAUCCGGCCAUAAUAGAGACAGGCUAUGUAUUUGAUUACUCCUGCAUUUAUAAUUAUCUUGAGAAAUCGCACAUUGUGGUGUCUAAAAAGGCACAUAUCAAAAAGGAAUUGGCAGCAGAUGCUAGGAAAGCUGACGACGAAGGCGACCAUGAAAACGAAAGUGAAAGUGAGAGUGAAAGUGAAAGUGAGAGUGAAAGUGAAAGUGAAAGUGAGAAUGAGAGUGAGAGUUUGAAUACAAAUGAAGGAGUCCUUAAACUGGAAAAGCCAACGAUAGAGGACAAUAUAGUUAUCGAUAUUAACAAGGGGGGUCGAUGUCCCAUAACUGGAAGAAAAUUGUUGGGAUGUAAAUGGAAUCCACUCACUAAUGAGUGGCAGAUUGAAGGCAUCAGAAGACUUAUAUUUUAG